AUGGCUGCUGCAGCUGACCCAAGGCUGGCGCUUAUGGGUGGCGCUCCCACCCAGGGCAAUCUCCGUGCGGUGCGGGCGCGCGCUCAGGACCUGCAAAAGUCAAUUGAUGAGGUCAUCUAUGGCCUGAGGUUCAACGCUGGUGUGCUCAAAUGGGACGACAUCAUUCGAAAAUACAGCGUUAUCAACACGCAGCUGGCGGGCCUUCGGGAGGCCAUGCGACCAGGCACCCUGGACGGCUUCGCGUUGCUGCCCCGCCAGGUCCCCGACCCGGGGUUCGCUGAGGCGGUUACCGUACAGCUGGCGAGUGCGCUAACGCCGGAGGGGGAAGUGGCGGCGGCGGAGGCAGCGGCGGCGGUAGAGGCGGCGUUGGGGCUGGGGCCGGAGAUGGCCUCCAUGCAGCGAUUUGAGAUCCUGAACAGCGCAAUAGAGGCGCACAACGGCCUCAUCGCGGCACUCACCGGGCCAUCGGGAGCGGCAGCAGCAGCUGGGGGGCCGGGGGGGGGAACGGAUGGGCCCCUGAGCCCCUUGGGACCUCUGAGGAAGCGGCAACGUGAGCUCAGUGACAUCACGGGGGCGGUGCUCCAGGGGAAGGUGAGGGCGGCGGCCGCGGCGGCUACGGCACUGGCGGCGGCCCGGUCGGGACCACCGGCGGCGGCGGCGGCGACGGGCAGCUACACCACCCGCGUGUGUAUGUGGCGCGUCCACAUCACCACGUCAAGGGUCGCGAUCGCCUAG